GUGGCUUUCCGCGAAUUGGAGAGAGCCUAACCGCCCUCUCCGCAAGGACUGUCAGAACCUCUUUGACUUCCUCAAGACCAACACAGCCAAGGUCGUAGUUUUCGACCGCGAAGCCAAUAGAAUGGUCAAGUUCACCGCCCAUGAGACUUGUGCCGUCGGCUUCACUUCCCUCUCCAACACCAACAUCACGUUCACCAACCUUGACACGGCUAACUUCGUCGAGCGCAUGCUUUUUUGGGACGGAGCUCAAUUUGAAUCCGACUAUACAAUCGGUAAGAUGGGCGGGAUGUGCGGCUCCGAGAAAGAAACUCACGUGAAGUACGAGAGCGAGUUUGCACUGGUCUACAGAGAUCCUGAACUUGCCGGCGAAGGCCACGUCGACCCUCCUGAGGACAGCAAGCGAGACAUCAUCUCUACCAUUCCAGCUCCAGAGAUCAUGGAGAAAGGUGCGAUGAUGGUCAAGUCUGGCUCCCCAGAGGACUUGGCUGCUACGGCAGAAAUGGCCAACAUCCCCAGCGACACGAACCCCUCGCUGGACUGGGUCGAUUACACCGUCACCGACGGCAACGGCAAUAACGUCACGGCCCAGCUCAACGCGAAUCUCCUACAUAUCCCCCUCGCCAACAGCAAGGCACUUGGCACCAGACUGGAGAGGGUCGAUACGCCCCUCGGCCCUUCCAAGCGAUGCACGGGCAAGGUCCAGUUCUGGGGUGGCGCCAAGCCCAACUCGCCUCUCAUCGCCGACUGCGAGAAGCUUCGCAACUUCAUGUCUGUCCGCCGCUUCCGCUUCCGAUUCAACCAGGACGAGAUCAAUAGCGGUAACGCCACCCCUCUUGCCAAGGUUGGCUCCUGUCGCAUCGCCUGGUUGCCCUGGGGCUCGGAUAUCACCGUCGGCAAUAUGGACCUCGACAUUCUUCUCACUAAGGCCCUCAAGCUGUACGACCCCAGCCAGACCCGGAUGCGUCUUUGGGGUUGGGAGUACUGCGAUAAUGACGGGCAGUUUGGUGUGAAGAAUCGCAUCAAGUUGAGUGAGAACUGGAUUGGCUCUGUUUGCUAUUGUUUGGCCAUACUAUUGGCCAAGCAACUGCGUAAGAUGAUCAAAUGGAUUGAUGAAUCAGAAAAUGCGGUUCUAUGCCACAAUACAUGGAGGUGCCAUAGAUGAG